GUUGAAAAAACUGUUCUACAGACAACCUCAAAAAUGUACAAGUUGUGUGUUUUCGUUGCCGUAUUGGCCAUUACUGCAGCAGUUCCUACACCUGAAGCCAAAGCCGAUCCAAAAGCAUCUCCUAAUCCUAGUCUGAUUGCGGCUGCUUACAGGACCCCUGUUGUUGCUGCUCCUGUUGCUUACACUUCGGCCUAUUCAGCUCCACUGGCUUAUGCUAGUUAUGUGGCUCCCUCUGUAUAUUCCGCUGGUUAUACAGCUUACUCACCAUAUGCGUCAUCUUACGUUGUAGUGUAAAAUGCUCUUCGUACUUCAAAGCUGAUCGUGAAUUUUUAUUUAUUUCAAUAAAAAUGUUGUUGAAUUG